AUGCUACGUCAAAUCACAUAUUCCACAACGCGCUUCGGUAUCUACGAAGAAUUGAAGUCGCGCGUUGCUCCCACCUCAGACCGCGCACCAAGUCUGGUCACCCUCAUUGGCAUGGCCUCCGCCUCCGGAUUCAUCGGCGGCAUUGCAGGAAACCCAGCCGAUGUUAUGAACGUCCGCAUGCAACACGAUGCAUCUCUCCCUCCCGCCCAGCGCCGCAACUACCGAAACGCAAUCCAGGGAAUCAUUCAAAUGACCCGAACAGAGGGAUUCAGUUCUCUCUUCCGCGGAGUGUGGCCUAACUCCACCCGCGCAAUCCUCAUGACUGCCUCGCAGCUCGCUUCUUACGAUACAUUCAAGCGAUUGUGUAUUGAGAAGGCUGGUAUGGCUGAUAAUCUGAGCACACACUUCACAGCCUCGUUCAUGGCGGGCUUCGUUGCUACCACUGUCUGCAGUCCUGUGGACGUGAUCAAGACUCGCAUUAUGACGGCUUCUCAUGCGGAGGGCGGUGGUCAGAGCAUCAUUGGUCUUCUGCGUGAUAUCUGCCGCAAGGAAGGCCUGGCAUGGACUUUCCGUGGGUGGGUGCCUAGCUUCAUCCGUCUUGGUCCUCAUACCAUUGCCACUUUCCUCUUCCUCGAGGAGCACAAGAAGCUCUACCGCAAGUUGAAGGGCGUUUGA